UAUAUCCUUCAUUAACAUCUUUGCCUAUUCAAUUGAAGGGAUGGUACUAUUAACUACAGCCAAAAUCCUCGAAGGUGAGGUGACAAGCACUUUGCUACGGAACAUUUUAUGUUCUGUCACUCAAGAAAUGGGGCCCAGCAGCAUGGUGCAGUACAUAACCAACAGUACUCAAGAUGAAGGGUUUUAUGAGGAUAUGCCCAUUGGCAAUUAUCCCCAUGUGUAUCAGACUUAUUGUGUUGCCCAUGAAAUAUAUUUACUCCUUGAGGAUAUUUACAAUCAUAUCAAAUGGGUUCGAAAGGCAUUUGAUCAAGCAAGAGCAGUUGUCACUAAGAUUCACAAGCAUGAUGUCAUCUUAUCAUCGAUGAAGCAGUUCACAAACAAUUGGGAGUUAAAACAAUCUUCAACAACCAAAUUUUACUCAAACUAUCGUAUGCUCCAAUCAAUCAUGGAGGUUGAAAGUGAGCUGCGAUUGCUUGUUUCAUCAUCUGAGUGGCCUUCCUUUGGUUUUGACAAGGAUGAAUCAGGUGAAGAAGUGGGUGAAAUCAUUGCAGUUCUAAAUUUUGGAGUGAAGGGAAAGAAGUCUUGCAUGCUCUAAAAUCGAUAUUUCAAGUGCUUUGUCUAGUUCAUAGCCAUGGCGCUACAUAUGGGUUCUUGUAUGCAGCUGUGGAAAUGGCACAUGAGGCUAUUAGACAAACAUACGAGACUAAUGUAGAUAAGUAUCAGACGUUAUGGGAGAUUUUUAAGCUACGACAAAGUCGUAUCAUUCAUCCACUACAUGCUGCUGCAGCUUUUCUUAACCCUGCUUACAUGUGUAGCAAAAAGUUCAAAGAGAAUGAUGCAAUGAAAGAGGGCAUAAAUUUCAUAGUGGAAAAAUUGGUAGGUGGUGAAGAAAAGGAGAAAUUUGUGCAAGAAAUGAUGUUUUAUCGUGACAAAGUGCCAAAGUUGUUCACUUGUACAGCAAUGGCGAUGUUAAAAACAUCUCACCCGUGGGACUGGUGGGACUAUUGUGGCGAUGUCCUUCCGGUAUUGAAGAAGUAUGCGAUUCAAAUCCUAAGCCAACCCUGCAGCACCUCGUUCUGCUGGCAGAGUUUUUUUCAUUUGAAACUGCUCAAAAUGAGAGGAGGAAGCCAUUGAUGACUGCAGCGACGGACACUUAUCCAUAUUUGAGGACAAAUUCAUUACUGAUGGAGAGUUUCAACACGAUGAAAGGAAAAAUUAGGAAGCCAGUUGAUCUUGAGAAACUCAGUGAACUUCCUGAUUGGACAGAGUAUAUCGAUGAGAUGUUUCCUCAUGAUUCAUUGAAUGAGAACAAAGUUCCUUUCUCUGGUGGAAAAUUAAAUUGUUGGUCUGCAUCAGCAAGAAAAGAUUGUGAGAGUGAAAAGAAUUUCUGUCUUCAAUUUAUAACGAAACUAUCAUCGAGCCUAGUUAAAGGUAAUGAGAUUGAGGGUGAGGGAGGAGCUCCUAUUCAUGUUCUUAGUAGAUCCCAUUACAGGUAGCCUUGUGCAAUCUGGACCCUCUGCAAUGCUCAAGUUGAUGGUAACAGUGAUUGGAGGUGACUUUCAUGAAGAAGCUAGUAAAAAUUGGACUAGAGAGUUCUUUUGGAGCAAUGAAUUAUUGGAGCGAGAGGAUAAGAUGCCACUCUUGACUGGAGAUCUCCCCAUGAUCCUCGAUAAAGGCAUGGGGACAUUGGGUGCUGUCACUUUCAAUGAUGUAUCAAGCUGGACAAGAAGUGGAAAAUUCAGGCUUGCAGUCAAAACUGCAUUAGGUCAUUCUGAAGGAAUCCGUGUCCUUGAGGGCAUAUCUAAUGCCUUCACUGUGGAAGAUGGCAAGAGGGCUGAUCCAAAUAUUUAUGGGGACAGACUAUGGACGCCAGAAGGAAUUGAUAUGUCCAAGGUUCUGUACACAGAAACAGCUAAUGCACUUGUCGAUGUCGGUGAAAAUGUCUCCCUGCAAUUUCCCAGGGAAAGAGGACCAUUGAGAAGUGUAAGGAUUUUUGCCUUCAUCCUUAGACUCUGAACAUGCCCAGAAUUGUUAGAUACUGAGAUCCUGUAUGGUUCCCUAGAAUCGAAAAACAAAUCAGUUGAUCAUAUUUUAGCAUAGGGUCAAGGAUGCCACUUAGCAUUGUCACUGAAAUUCUCGCUACUGGCAGCCACUGGGUAUAACUUAAUUACACAGUUAGUAGCUCUAGUCGCUCAACUUGGCAUUACAUAGCAAAAGACUUGAGUAUCGUCAAUGUAAAUUAGUUGACGGUCAUUUUUCUGGAGGUCUAAACUCUGCAUGGUGACUGUCCGAGGGGUUGGCUGGUUUUUUUUUUUUUUUUCUUUUUUGCCCCCUUUUGUUAGCAUUGGCAAUCUGAAGUGGAAACACUUAUUCUGUGCAGUGAAUGAGACAAUAUAUGACCCAUCUUAGACUGCAAGAGAAUGUAGCGUUUUGAGUUUCCUGGCAAUAGUUGCAUAUCAGUUCCUUUACCUUGCUAAUUGACUUACCAGUUCUGGUUAACCUUCUCAUCUGUCUUGCUGAAGUCCAUUUCCUUCUCUCUCGAACUAUAUACAGGCACCUGUCGAAUCCAUGUUGAAGAUGGUUGCUGAAAAUAUGCCCCAAUUUCUAGAACGUGUUGGUGACCAUAUGAGUUCUAUGACCAACACUAGGAAGGAUAGAACCGGAUCAUCGGUGGAACCAUCAUCCAUGGAAGUCGAAAAGCAAUCGUUGUCAUCAAGGCGACAUUCCCAAACUAGGAACUUGUCUUGUGUGGUGAGCGAAAGCUCCGGUGAUGCGCAAGAAGCUGCUUGCAGCAGAGUAAAUGAUGAUUUUACGUUCUCUGCCGGCACUUCUUGCAUUACCAGAGAUCGCACUCAGUUAGAUGUUUCGAGCAGAGAAACUGAUUUGUUAGCUAUGGUGUCGGCUCUUAGACGGGUUGUUGGUGUUGGAGCAGUUCACAGAAGCAGAGUACGAGCACCCAUUGAUAAGAAAUCCGGCACUGAGAUGGUGGGAAUCUCUGAACGCUACUACGCAUCACCUACUAUUGAGGAGGGAGAAGGUUUGUAUAUGUUGUCUCCCCCUACAUCGCAGGAUUAUAGUCAUUCGGAACGGGAAACAUGAUUGUACGAUGCAUAAAAGCGUACAUUUUAUCUAAAUUUUGAUAUUAUCUGAAAAAUUAUUCAAAAAUUUUUAAAAUU